AUGGAAAUAGGGAGUGUUACUGCUGAUACUACUGACCUGAGCUAUUGGUUGAACUGGAGAGUGUUGCUGUGUUCAGUUUGGGUUUUCACACCUAUGGUUGCAGCUUUGCUACUGUUAUGUAAAUAUGAGGAUUCGGAUUAUUUGAAGUUUCGCCGAGGUGAAACUCGGCAGGACAGGAGUAAGGACUUCUGUGGUGAUGAAGCAUGGAGACCGUGCCUGAAAAUUGUUCAUCCUUUAUGGUUGUUGGCUUACAGAGUGAUUGCAUUCUUUCUGCUUUUGGUGAUACUGAUUGCCAAAGUUGUUGUCAGUGGUGGCGGCAUAUAUUUCUACUAUACUCAGUGGACUUUUACCUUGCUUACCAUUUAUUUUGGGUUUGGAUCUCUUCUAUCCAUUUAUGGUAGUUUCUGGUGUAACAAAACGAGAGCAAUGGGUUCUGAUGUUCAUCAUGUGGGGUCAGAUGCAGAGAAUGGAACAUACAUUCUCCUUGAACAUGAGGGAAAUGGCUUAAAUAACCGAGAAGAAAUCUAUUUUCUCCCAGUAGCAGUCAAAUGCAGUUAUGUCUUUCAAGCUAUAUUCCAGACGAACGCUGGAGCAGUGAUGCUUACUGAUUGCAUUUACUGGCUUGUAAUCUUUCCAUUUCUCACCCUGAAAGACUACAACAUGAGUCUUUUGACGGUGAGCAUGCACACAGUCAAUGCUGUUUUACUCCUUGGGGAUGCAAUGUUAAAUUGCUUGCAAGUCCCCUUUGUUCGGAUAUCAUUGUUUGUUUUGUGGACUGGUGCAUUCGUCAUUUUCCAGUGGAUCGUUCAUGCUUGUGUAUCAAUAUGGUGGCCGUACCCAUUCCUUGACUUGUCCUCGGCAUAUGCCCCAGUUUGGUACUUAAUGGUGGGAUUGAUGCAUAUCCCAUGCUAUGCUUUUUUCGCACUAAUCGUUGGGUCAAAACGUCACCUAUUGUCAAAAUGGUUUCCUGAGUCAUGUCAGUGUUGAUGAAGAUAUGGUGCCUUGGAUACUACUUAAUGAAUUUUCCCAAAGACACAUCAGGUGUUUCCUCUUGCAAGUUGAGGGUGUUCUCUCCUAUUUCAGAUUUUCAGGCAUCUCCUUCCGCCCUUCCCUAUAGGAUACAGCAAAUGCAAAGCUCAGA